AGUCAAAAAAAGAGUAAUUUCAAAAUUGUGGUAUGCUUGACUCAUCGAGGGAGGGUAUGGAAAAGGAAUUACUCAUGUUAUUUUUUGUUAGCACCCAUCCUGGUUCCUCAACAAAAUCAAGAAGCAUGGCACCGAGAUGAUCCUUCAUGCACUCUACAGGAAGGAUGGGAACACAAGAAAUGGCAGGCUACUAAAGGAGCCCUGAGGUAGUUCCAUCCAUCUUGAUGGAUUUUUGAUUGGACUUAUUUCUUUGCUGAAUGCCCUGCAUUAACCACGGGAAGUAAUGUGAGACUCCCUCUUGUAUUUUUGUCUCUUGUGAAGAGUAGUUUAUCAUUGUAUUUUUCUGAUGGUAUCCAAAAAAGGGAAGCAAUUCUCUUACAUUUCAAUGCAAGAAAAUUUCCCAGCUUAUCCAGGCUGGGAAAGCAGGCUGCUGAAACUGCCAAAAAAGGAAAUAUUUGUUUUUAUGUUCUUAUUGUGUUCUUUUUCCUAAUUCCUGUAUGAAAUCCAAAUCAGACUUACGAGGCAAAGAGCACUGUGUAGCUGACACUUUACCACCAAGAUCUAAGUCUCCCAUUCUACCUGAUCCCUCUCCUUUCUAGUGACUUGUGCUCUGAGAUCACAAGGUGCUGAGGCACAGCACAAGCAGGGGCUGGCUGCACAGCCACUCUCCUGCUGAGCGCUUUCAAAUAAGGCUGUCCUGUGGAGAGCCGUGUCUUCACUACCAAUCAUAGAAUCAUAGAAUUAUUUGAGUUGGGAGGGACCCUUAGAGGUCAUGUAGCCCAUUUCCCCUGCAGUGAACAGGGACACCUACAGCUACAUCAGUUUGCUAAGAGCCCUAUCCAGCUUCACCUUCACUGUUUCUAGGGAUUUGUUCUGCCAUAGCCACUUGCUCUGAUGAUUGCUGUAGUUACAUGGGUGCUCCUCAUAUUUGAAGGGAAUAUUUCUGAAACUGUCUCUACCCAGGCUGUUGCUUGCUUAGGAAUUACAGCCAGACCUACAUUUCCAAUGUAUGGGUGACUCACCCAUGCAAACUCCUUGCUUAAUAUAAUGAGAGAAGCUACUGUUUCCUAGAAGUGUAUAGUGAAAAAAAGAAUGGGACUUGGUAAUUUAAUAGCUCUCGUGAAAUAUUUUGGGUGGUUGGUAUAAGUUAUAAAUGAAGACAGACAGCAGGGACAAACCUUAUUUAGCAAAGCAUGACAAAUGCCAUCACAUGUUUAAGCCUCCUUCCUGUACUGGCGCAGAUCUAACUCAGACAAACCUGGUGCUAAUCCAUAUAUUGGAAAUGGAGCUCUGGUUGCUUAGCAGAGUAAGGGGCUGGGACAGGGUCAAAUCAGCAGUGAAGAUGACCAUAUGCUUGGACAGUGACCACAAAAUACCUACAGCUGGCAGGGAAACAAAUCAUACAUGGUGUGAACAAGCACUGUAUAACACUGACCCUGCUUUAGCUGAAAGCUUGUGGCUGAGCUGGAAAAACAUUUUCUAAGGAUGCUUGAUGCUAUGCACUUAUUUUUCUACUUACUUAAAAUCUGUAGGCAAUAUCUAAAAUAUCAUAAGCAGGAACUUAAAUACCUCUUAACUACAUUGCAUUAAUCUCAGUAUAUUACAAGCCUUAAGAAGCAUGGACAAAACUCCUUGUUGGAAAGAAUCUGUUCUUAUAAUUACUCCUGCCAGCAUGCCAUAUGGUGGAUGAACAUCAUACUUCCAGACCUGAGUAAGCACUUCGCAGCAAGGGAAACUAAGACACAGAGGAACCCUUAGGGUUCUGCAGGAAACUCAGGUUCAGAGGCAGUUUCCAGCUCCCCUCUGUGGUGUAUGACACAAGAAAACUAUGGUGGAAAGUCUUCGGCACUUAACAGCAAUAAACUGCUUUUCAAGGCACAUUCUUUCCUUAUGCUUAAUAAAGGUAACAGCUGCCACAUCGAUACGUGCUAUAGGACAGAAGAAAAAAAUGCUUUGCUUCAGACUGCGAUUGAAAUGAAGGUUUUGCUCCUGUCACCCUCCUGCUAGAAUUCACCCAGCAGCUUUAGUUUGAGCUUCUUCAGUGUCUGCAACUAUCAGAAGAAAAUGGGACUAUUUGCCUUGGCAGCCCAGAAUGCCUGGAGUGUGUUUGCAUCAGAAAGGAGGCCUGGCUGGAAGUACCUGAUGCAGCUUUUUGCCAUUUGCUCUGCAGUUGGCUUCCUCUUAAGCGUCCUCCUCUUCCUUAGCAUCCAUGUCUCCCUGAAGGAGCAGCCCACGUGUCUCUUGCUGCUUUGUGGCCUCAUCUGGGUCUCACUCUCCAUCGCUCUCUGCUUCUCCAAGCACCUGCGCUGCUUCAGCGCCCUAUUCCUUCUCUCCUGUGGGCUGCGGGAGGGAAGGAAUGCUCUCCUUACAGCUGGUACAGGCGCUGUGGUAGCUGGCAACAUCCAAAGCAUUUUCCACAACCUAAAGGUUCUGACAGACAGCAUAACCUGCAAUUUAGAGUAUGAGAAAUUUGACUUGAUAAAAUAUUACAUUGAGGCUGUAAAAUGGAUUUAUGAGAUGGCCAAUCUUCCUACCGACCUACUUGCUGUGGCAAUAAAGCAUGAGUUUACAUCAUCUUACUCAAUUUCAGAUGACGCACUCAAACAAGAGCUGAAUGACACAAAACAAGAAAUCCAGAGAGUUGCUAACCAGAUAUCUUUUAUGCUGAAUAUAUUGCCCUGUAUAGGCCAGAAAGUAUUGCCUAUAGUGGGGAUUCUUUUAAUUUCUUUUGGAACUGUGCUUUUUAUCAAACAUUUUGUGGGCUCUCAUAAUGCCAAGUUUAAGAAUACUUAUAUCACAAAACGGUUCAUCACAUUUGAUGAGCAGCAAAAGAAACAGCAAAGGCCGUGUCUUCUGCCACUUAACAAAAAGGAGAGAAAGAAUUAUGUCACAAUCCCAUCUUUCAGCUUCAAAAGGAAGGAGAGAAAGCAGAUGCAGCAUUUUUUUCUCCCUGUAGUUAUUCAUCUUUGUGUCUGGCUUCUGUUUGCUGCAGUAGAUUAUUUGUUUUAUUGGCUAAUUAUUUAUGUGAACAAACAUCUCCAAGAAUUACCAGAUCUGGAGAUUCAACUCAGACUCUCUCAGCAAAAGAAUAAUCCUAUCAUUGACACGAAUAAGCAUAUUGCAAAGAAUGAUAUUUUGAAGAUCUCUUUGUUUAAGAAUAACUGCAUCCCUCAGCCAGAACUCCACCUCUCCACGACAUGGCUCCAGCUUGGAAUAAUCAUCUUCUUCUUAAUCAUUUUCGGGUUAUCCUCUGGCCUCCUGACCCAACUCAAAAUACUUGUGUCAAAUUCAUUUUAUCCUGAGGUGGAGACGAAGAGGAUACAUUAUUUACAUGCAAAAUUACUCAAGAAAAGAACAAAGAUACAGCAGAAAGCUGUCAAGAAUGCGUUUGCUAGAACGGUCAAUUUUUGGUUCCCAAUUCUUAGGGCAAGAGAAACCAUGAGGAAGAAAGACAAGGCUACAUUAAAUGGCAACAUGGUGUGAAUGAGACCAAGUGAAACUUUGGAUAAGGCUGGAUAUAUGCUUCCAUCCAUUGUCUGAAUGAAUAAAUACUUAAAACUUUCCAGUAGCAAAUGUCAGAAGCUGUUCUCCACCUGAAAAACUGAAAAAUAUCAAGUAUGGGGCAAAGAUUACUCUGUGUCUGUGGAAGACGACCACGUGAGAGAACACUUCAACAAACUGGACAUACUUUAAUCUGUGGAAUGUGAUAGGAUACACCCAUGGGUGCUGAUGGAGCUGGCUGUGCCGACGUGAGGCCAUUCCCAAUUGUCUAUACAAGACAUCAAGGAUGCUGGAAGAGACUGCUGAGCACUGGAAGAAAAUGAAUGUCACAUCAGUCUUCAAGAAGGGCAGGAAGGAGGACAAGUGAAAUAACUGGUUGUUCAUCCCCACCUCAGACCCUUGGAAGGUGAUGGAUUCUGGAAUCCAUUUCCAAAGAUAAAGGUCAGGGAGGCAACUGGGACAAUCACCUGAGCAUGAUAUAUAUAUAUAUAUAUUUUUUUACUUUGAAAGUGGUCUGAUCUGGCGAGGUUAUGGAGCCUCCAGCCUUGGAGACCCUCAAAACAUAACUGGAACAGCCCUGGGCAACUCAGAGCAGUGGAGUCAGAGAGCAUUAACCCAGAGAUGGCUGCCAGCCCCAGCUGCCCUGUGACUCCUUGCCUGUCACAGAAACCUCUGCAAAAAACAUAAGGCAUGCACAGCAGAAACUUGUGUUGAUUUGUGAAUGCUUUGUGUGCCAUCACACAAAUACUGCCUGACAGCCAUCCUGGUGUCAUGCACUCAAGCAGACUAAGGCCCUGCUCACCUUGGUGUCUGCACACACACAUACCUAUGUGCUGAAGGGGAGCAGAACUGCAGGCAGAGGAAACAUUUGCUCUUCCCUGCCUCCCUAAAGCUAAAAGACCGUGAAAUAACUGCAUAUUCUACACAUUAUUUUGAAUUCUAAAACAAAUUCCUCUUUAGGGCCUCAAAGACUUUGGGGUUCAUCCCAGUGACAGAACAGCUCCUGCCCUGACAUAGAGUACAAGGCCUGCUCCUUCUGGGCCCAGUGGUGGAGAGGUGAACACCCAGUAACUGAGGUCCUUCUGUUGUGCAGCUGAGAGGGUGGGUCUGCCUCUCCUGACACUGCAGAGACAUACUCCUCAUUCUGUGGAGACCUUACAAGGUGUGUUUUCUCCCAUUUGUUUCUGUCCUGUGAGCUGGAGAUGUCUGGGGGUUUGUUGAUCUUCAUCUGCCUCCUCUGCGUGUUGUUCAGUUCUUCCCAUUGCCUGUUUAUCACAGACCCCAACCACACGAUUACAUUCUUUUUCAUCUUUUCCUUAAAAACACAAAAACAAACAAACAAAGUAAAAAAGUCUACAGGUUACAAUAAAAAGACAAUAUUCCAUCCACAAUUAUUUCUGUUCCUCUUCUUUCCUACCCUAUUACAUCCUGCAUUUUACUUUGGCUCUGUUUCCCUGCCUUCAUCAUUCAGAGUCCCCUUUCCUCUUUUGCCGUGUUCUCUUCUGCUCCAAUACAUCAUACUUCCCCACGGAUAAAAACCAUAUAUUUUUUCUCUUUCCGCUGAGUAAAAGUGAACUGUGUUUGAAAUUAAAGGUUUUAUUUAUUCA